AUGGAGACUGCCCUGCCGAGUAUGUCCGCUUCUGCGGUAGUAGCGGGUCCCUCCAGCGAAGUCUCGACGCCGGCUGCAUACGAAGAGGACGCGAGGCAUGGACACUUUGCUAUAACUGCUAGCCAAGUCCCGAAGCCUGUCGGGUUCGGUGUCGCUGGCUCUUCUGCUGGCCUCGCGAGCUCGAGUUCAGGCGCAGGACUGCUGUCACCUCCCGCAGACAGGAUGUCGCCGACGCCCCACAAUCACAGCGCAAGUCCUGGCGCAUCGCCGGAGCUGGUCGUGAGGGAUGUCAAGAGCAUUGGUGCGAGGUCUCAUGAAGACUGCUACGAGACAGAUCUCCCGAGCCCGAGACUACGAUCUAGUAGGAUGUUCAAGGGCAAGGGCAAGGACGCGGUUGCUGUGCAUCGCGAAGAGAAGAAGCCGUUGCAGCUGCUGGACCUACCGCUGGACAUUCUCAAGGACAUCGUAAAGGAAGUCACCCACACCAACGACCUGACGAGCCUUGCGCUGUGCCAUAGCGCCCUACAUCGCCUUACUACACCCCACAUUUACUCGCGCUUCGACAUAGUAUGGCCAGAUAGCAGCACUCACGCAGAGCCCAGAAGUGGCGUGGAUGCGCUCACGUACGGACUCGCGACACUAGUCAUGGCGGAGGAUGCGUUUGGAGAAGCUCCGUGGCAGAGAAAGCUGAGGACUCAGAAAGAGCAAGAAGCGAACAACAGGUUUGCGCCAGGCCGUCAUGGCAGAGCGACCGAGACGCAGGUGCGGCGGAGAAGAGGAAACCACUAUGCACACUUCACGCGAAAGUUUUCGCUGGGCAAUGGACCCGCAGACUGGGUCCAAGAGUAUCUCAUCACGAAGGAGGGUGGGAAGAUGCUGGGGACACUUGUCGCGCUGGCUGUAGCGAGGAUGCGCACGUUGGAGACAUUCGUGUGGGAUAUGCCGACGGGUAUCCUGCGGGAUGUUUGGCUUGCUCUGUCUUCACUGGGCGACAGAGAUGACGAGAUUCCGUGCAAGCUGGAGAAGGUGUGGGUGAGAUGGCAUGACAACUCGAGCUCUGAAGCGAUACAUUCCAUGCCACCUCCAGUCCCUCCACCUCCGGUCAAUUUGAAUCACGGGCCAUACAUUGCUCCCCCGACAACUCGACUAGUGCAAACGAUACAUCCUGCAGCUCUCGACCGUGUUGAGCACCCCUCUUUCUCGAUACUACCACCUCUAAAGAGCUUGAGCGUGCUGGACAUCGAUGAGCUGGCAUACCUUGAUGAGAUGGCAGUCCUGAUUGGAAGAUCUUUGGACAAGCUACGUGAGCUGCGGAUCGGGAUUGCGAGACACGCAAUGACAAAAGACUGGGUAACAGUCUGGGAGGGCGACACUGUGCAGCAGGUCGAUCCAGACUAUCCCACAGUUGGCUCUCUGACCAUCGGAGAAAAGAGGCUAGGUGGUGUGCUCGGCGUCUUGACUGGCUUCGUCUGCGAUGUGCGAAAGCCCAGGGUUGUGCUUCCUGAUCGAACACGGCUGCGACGUUCUUCGAGCAGAACUCAGCAAGACGCACAGUUGCAGACGACCGCGCCUGUCGCUAACAUGCAGCAGCCGAGUGAUGCACCUGCCAUGUCUGUGGUUAACUCUGGUCCCGACGCUGGCGAUUUAAGAGAAGCUAUUGAGGCAGGUGUGUUCGAGGACCCAGCAACAGCGUCUGAGAUCGCGGCCACUCUCAACAUCGUGUCGCACGGCACAAGCGACGUUCCGAGCUUCCAGGAUGUGAUACCAGAGCUGCCGAAUCAUCAACCUGAUUGGAACAUUCUGAAUCCGCUCGCGACUGAUCACUCGGCAGCCGGACUCACGGAUCCAGACUCUAGGCCUGCAAUCGACCGCCCUUCUCUGGACCGCGAAGCUCUUAUCCCACCGCAGGACAGCUUGCCGGACACUAUAUCCCACAUCGAAACACCAGAGCCCGUGGUGUUUGCUUCUCAAGAAAGAGAAGCUGAUGUGCCACAGGACGACUAUGUGGCCGAUCGGGCGCAUUAUCUCGACAACGUACUACGACUCGACAGCUUGGAGCUCGAGCGAGUGCCCAUCUCAGUACCCGUGCUGCAGAAGGCGAUUGACUGGACUCGACUGACAUCACUGACUCUGCUGCAUUGUCCGAACCAUGAGCAGCUGUGGAAGACUCUUCGAAAGACUUUCGCGCCGACCCCGAAAUCACCGAUGUACCCACAGGCACGACGAGCAGUGAACAUCACCCCGAAGAAGAACAGCAAGUCAGCACUGGCAGCGGCCGAGUCGGACUUUGUGUAUGGUCUGAAUUUAAAGAAGAUCCACACCAACACAGUUUCGCCGGCACUCAUCUCUUUUCUAAAGGAGACUCUGGCACCAAACAGUCUGGAAGUGCUGUUUUUACAAGAAGCGCGCAGCUACUCGUCAUCUGUUACUGUCGAUGCCAUCUAUCGCGGUCCACUCCGAAGGCAUCGCGGAAGUUUGAAGAAGGUACUGAUUGACAGCUCAGAGAAGGGCGCAGAUGGUCUGCCGACAAACUCAAGUCGCUGGAGAAGAUGGCUGCUCACGCGAGAGAUUCUGGGUUUCGUAUGCAGCGGGAAAAUGCCAGCAUUGAGAGAGCUUGGUAUGGCGAUCGACUAUCGAGAUUGGCACUUCUUCCUCCAACACAUCCCCUCAAUCCCCCACCUCCGCUCCCUUUAUCUCCCCUUCCUCGCCGAUCACGUCCACGGAGCCAACCUCGAUCCACGCGAACUCGCCCUCCAAAUUGUCGACAUUGUUGCCCUACGAUCCGAAGUCGAACUUUGCUACAUGGGCAUCGCGAACAAGUGCUUCGAGAUCCUCGAGAACCGCGCCGGCGAAUCACGCACGGAGUCAUCUCUCGGCGUGCACCCAUCUAUGGAUCCUGAUGCCGCAAGUGACGAUGGAGAUGAUGACGACGGCGACGACGAUGAGGAGGACGACGAUGAAGAUGAGGUCGAAGAAGAAGUUGAGACAGAGAGCGAAGACGAAGAAAUCGAGGAGGAAUCUGAUGACGAGGACGGAGUGGAUGGAAGAGCGGUCGGGCGGUUGAGGCUGAGGGAGAUUUUGUUCUAUGAUGAUAAGGUUGCCAUCUUUAAGGGAAGGCAUGGGAGAUUGUAG